GUGUGAGAUUGACCAAACCCACAUACCCAUUACUCUUUUCUCAUAUAUAAACCCCUCCACCUCUUUCAUUUCUCCUCAGCUUGCCGUUCCAAGAGAACACCAAGCUUUAUAUUUUAACCCAAAAAAACCAAAAAUAAAAAACUCUUUCUUCUCUCUGUUCAUUAAUUAAUUUAAUUAAUUAAUACUCACAUUAAGCAGCAGUAGGUCAAGAUGCAGGCGAUUUCUCCUCCUCACCCGCUUAAAUCCCUGGUAGUUCCGUCAACUCGGCCUCGACUCACUCAUCGAGUUGUUAACUCACCUAACAAGCUCGUUCUUCAUUGUAUCCACCGUUCUGAGACAUUUCAUUUCCCAAACGGUGUCGCUUCAUGCCGUACUGAUUGGCAAAGUUCAUGUGCUAUCUUAGCCAGCAAAGUUGUUUCUCAAGAGCAAUCUUCCGGCGACUCCGUCAACGGCGGCGUUAAUCAUGUUCCCUCCGCCUCCUCCUCCGCUGCUUCUGUCAACGGUCAUAAAACUUCGAUUGAUCUGAAUUUAGUCCCUUUGAAAGGCUCAUCGAGGAACGAUAACAACAAGCUGACGAAGCCGUUGACAAUUACGGAUCUCUCACCGGCUCCGAUGCACGGCUCUCAGCUCCGCGUCGCUUAUCAAGGUGUUCCUGGAGCAUACUCCGAAGCCGCUGCCGGUAAAGCUUAUCCUAGCUGUGAAGCGAUUCCUUGCGACCAAUUCGAAGUCGCUUUUCAAGCGGUGGAGCUCUGGAUCGCCGACCGAGCUGUUUUACCGGUGGAGAAUUCUCUCGGUGGCUCUAUUCACCGAAAUUAUGAUCUCCUCCUCCGUCACCGCCUCCACAUCGUCGGAGAAGUUCAGCUGCCAGUUCAUCACUGUCUCUUAGCUCUUCCCGGCGUUAGAAAAGAGUACAUUAAUCGCGUGAUUUCACAUCCUCAAGCACUCGCUCAAUGCGAGUUAACUCUCACCAAACUCGGUCUCCAAGCGGCGCGUGAGGCGGUGGACGACACAGCAGGUGCAGCAGAAUACAUAGCAGCUAACAAUCUCCGCGAUACAGCCGCCAUCGCAAGCGCGCGUGCGGCGGAUCUAUACGGAUUACAAAUCUUAGCGGACGGUAUACAGGACGAUUCAAGUAACGUGACGCGUUUCGUGAUGUUGGCGCGUGAGCCAAUAAUUCCACGAACAGAUCGGCCGUUUAAAACGAGUAUUGUGUUUGCUCAUGAUAAAGGAACGAGUGUUUUGUUUAAAGUGUUAUCAGCUUUUGCGUUCAGGAACAUAAGUUUGACGAAAAUUGAAUCAAGGCCGCAUAGGAACCGUCCGAUUAGAUUGGUGGAUGAUGCAAAUGUAGGGACAGCAAAGCACUUUGAGUAUAUGUUUUAUGUUGAUUUUGAAGCUUCAAUGGCUGAAGUUAGGGCACAAAAUGCAUUAGCUGAAGUUCAAGAAUUCACUUCUUUCUUAAGGGUUUUGGGUAGCUAUCCUAUGGAUAUGACCCCUUGGUGCCCUUCAAGAGGGGAUUAGCAAUGUAUUUUAAUUUACACACACAAAAAUGGGCAAAUUUAUUUUAUUUUUGGAAUUUGUUAAUUUUAAUUGUUUCAAGUGUGAGAAUGUGAAAGUACACAUUUGACACUCAAAAUCUUUGAGUAAAAGAUAUGUUUUUAUGUAAUUCGGAGUGAUUUCAAGGAAAAGGGUAUAUAUUUCGUAA